UAAUUAUUUUAUGAUGAAAUGAAUGGCUUGGAAGUUUACACAAUGAGCUCCUUGGAAGCAAAGAAGGAACCAAUUCUAGCUUGAAUUCUCUUCACAUUUUAUCCCUUCCUUCAUGUACAAAAUUCAAUCACAGAUAUUCUCUUCCCCUCCCUUUUAUAUGUAUUUGGUUCAUUCCACAUCCUCUACCCACAAUUUUUUUCUCCAACAAAGCUACUUUGUUGAGAUACCAUUUGUGCAUACUCCCACAUAAAAAACAAUGCCACGUCUGCUUCAUGGGACACUUUAUGCAACAAUUUAUGGGAUUGAUAAGCUACACAGUGGAUGUGGACUCGGCUUAUUGUGGAAGUCGCCUAAAAAAUGUGUAGAUCAAAUCAAGAGGCUGGUACUGUGCGGACCUCAGAUCUCUGGUUCCAAAAUCUAUGCAACAGUUGAUCUAGACAAGGCUCGGGUGGCACGAACCCGAAUGAUAAACAAUCCCCACAACCCCAUAUGGAAGGAAGAUUUCCACAUCUACAGUGCUCAUUUCAUCUCACACAUUAUCUUCACUGUCAAAGCUAAUGAUCCUAUUGGUGCCACACUCAUAGGAAGAGCUUAUAUACCAGUUGAAGAUAUCAUAAAGGGCUAUGUGGUGGACAGAUGGGUUGAGAUACUAGAUGAAGAACACAAUCCCAUCCAUGGAAACUCUAGAAUUCAUGUCCAGUUGCAAUUCUCAAGUGUUGCAGAAGAUGCUCAUUGCCAUUGGUCUCAGGGACUCAGAAGUCCUGACUAUGAGGGUGUUCCUUGGACCUUUUUCAAUCAAAGACAGGGUUGCAGGGUUACCCUCUACCAAGAUUCGCAUGUCGCGGAUGAUUUUAAUCCUGGGAUUCCUAUGGCCAAUGGGGGAUUCUACGAGCCACGAGGAUGUUGGGAGGACAUAUUUGAUGCAAUCACUAAUGCAAAACACUUGAUCUACAUAACUGGCUGGUCUGUCUCCACUGAAAUAAACUUGCUGAGGGAUCCACAAAGGCGAAAAGCAGGAGAUGAGCUCACAUUAGGACAGCUUCUCAAGAAAAAGGCUGAUGAGGGUGUUCUAGUUCUCUUGCUUGUUUGGGAUGACAGAACUUCUAUUCCUCAAUUUAAAAAGGAUGGUCUGAUGACAACACAUGAUCAAGAAACUGAGGAGUACUUUCGAAACACAAAAGUUCAUUGCUUCCUUUGCCCGAGGAACCCUGAUCUUGGUAGAAGCAUUAUUCAAGGUUUUGAGACUUCUACAAUGUUCACUCACCAUCAAAAAACAGUUGUAGUUGACAGUGAGAUAGUCAGUGGAGAUCCCUCGCAAAAAAGGAGGAUUCUGAGCUUUGUUGGAGGCAUUGAUCUUUGUGAUGGAAGAUAUGACACUCAGAAACACCCCCUAUUUUCAACUCUAGGCACAACUCACCAUAAGGACUUCCAUCAGCCAAACUUUCCAGGCUCUUCGAUUAGAAAAGGCGGUCCAAGAGAGCCAUGGCAUGAUAUCCAUUGCAAACUUGAAGGGCCUGUUGCUUGGGAUGUCUUGUACAACUUUGAGCAGAGGUGGAAAAAGCAAGUUGGUGACAAGUUCUUAUUUUCACUAAGCAAGCUUGAGGAAAUCACAGUUCACCCUUUACAGAACAAGUUAUCAAAUGACAGUGAAGCAUGGAAUGUUCAGCUGUUUCGUUCCAUCGACAAUGGAGCUGCUUUGGGAUUUCCUGAGAAUCCACUUGAAGCAACACAAAGGGGACUUGUGAGUGGGAAGAACAACAUCAUAGACAGAAGCAUCCAGGAUGCAUAUGUCCAUGCCAUUCGCCGAGCAAAGAAUUUCAUUUACAUAGAGAAUCAGUACUUCCUUGGAAGCUCAUUUGGGUGGAGAUCAAAAGAUAUCAAGGAUGAGGAUAUUAAUGCUCUGCAUCUUAUCCCAAAGGAGCUGUCACUGAAGAUUGUUAGUAAAAUUGAAGCAGGGGAGAGGUUUGCUGUCUACAUUGUUCUCCCAAUGUGGCCAGAAGGUAUACCCGAGAGUGGUUCUGUUCAGGCUAUAUUAGAUUGGCAAAAAAGGACAUUGGAGAUGAUGUACACUGAUAUCUCUGAGGCCCUUCAGAGAAAGGGUUUGAAUGCAAACCCUAGAGACUAUCUUACAUUCUUCUGCCUUGGGAACCGGGAGACCGUGAAGGAUGGAGAAUAUGUACCUCCAGAGACUCCAGAGCCAGACACUGAUUACAUCAGAGCUCAGAAGGCCCGGCGCUUCAUGAUUUAUGUGCACUCAAAAAUGAUGAUAGUUGAUGAUGAAUACAUUAUCAUUGGAUCUGCCAACAUAAACCAAAGGUCAAUGGAUGGGGCGAGGGACUCCGAAAUUGCUAUGGGAGCAUUUCAGACUAAUUAUUUGGCUAAUUCCACUGACCCAGCUAGGGGAGAGAUAUAUGCUUUCAGGGUGACACUAUGGUAUGAGCACCUUAAAGUGCUUGACAGCUCUUUCUUGAAUCCAGAAUCAAUGGAAUGCAUCCGGACGGUGAAUCACCUUGCGGAAACAAACUGGGAUCUUUUCUCAAGUGACACUUUUCCUGGUGACCUUCCCGGUCACCUUCUUCGAUAUCCUGUUGAGGUAAGCAAGACUGGAGCUCUAACAACACUGCCGGGGUUCGAACAUUUCCCCGACACCAAGGCUCGAGUCUUUGGCACCAAGUCUGAGUACCUUCUUCCACUCCUUACCACCUAGCAGCUGGGAAUACUCAAAAACAUGCAUUAUUACUGGUAAUGCCUGGAGUAACUGUAAUCUUACUAUUACUUAUUAUUUGAUUUAACAUUCCUGCUAGUCAUCAAUAAUGAUAGUCAAUCCAAUGUGUACAAAACUAUGCCAAUUGUUAAGUAAUAACAUGUAGUGUUCAUGAACUCUAAUCCAAUUGAUUA